UGUGACCUUAGUGUUAUUAAUAUAUAUAUAUAUAUAUAUUGAAGAGGUCUAGAAGUCAAGGAAUCUUCGUAUAAGUAAUUUUCUAAGGGUAGUUAGGAUUAGAAGAAUGUACGUGCCAUGAAUUCCUAAUCUUUUAAUUAAUAUUUUAAUUAGUGUGAUCAUCUAUUAUGUCAUCUAGUAUGUUGUUGGCUUUAUAAUUCACUAAGAUUUAAGAGAGAAAAUUAAGUUGUUUUUAUUUUGUAGCAUUAUUAAACAUACACACACAUGAGUUCUAAAAAGAUUACAUGGAAGUCUAUUGUCUUGAUCUUAGGUUGUUACAAGACAAAAUGCUCUUUGGAAGAAACAGAAAAAAGAGGUUUAAAACAAAGUUCUUUCCAAAGGGUAUCUUUGUCUGAUAUAAGUAAUUCUAGUUCUAGUCAAGCUAUUGAGGAUAUUUCAAUUUCUUUUGCUGGUUCAAAGCUUUACACAUUCACCUUAGAGGAGCUAAAAGAAGCAACAAAUAAUUUCUCAUGGAGUAAUUUGUUAGGUGAAGGUGGUUUUGGACCUGUGUAUAAGGGUUUUGUUGAUGAUAAACUUAGACAUGGUUUGAAGGCUCAAUCUGUUGCUGUCAAGAGACUCAACUUGGAUGGCUCACAAGGUCAUAGGGAAUGGCUGGCAGAGAUUAUAUUUCUUGGACAGCUUAGACAUCCACAUCUUGUCAAGCUAAUUGGAUAUUGUUAUGAAGAGGAGCAGAGGCUUUUGGUGUAUGAAUACAUGGCAAGAGGGAGCUUGGAGAAUCAAUUGUUCAGAAGAUACUCUGCAACCUUACCAUGGUCAACCAGAAUGAAAAUUGCAUUAGGUGCAGCUAAGGGACUAGCCUUUCUUCAUGAAGCAGAUAAACCUGUAAUAUAUAGGGAUUUCAAAAGUUCAAAUAUAUUGCUGGAUUCGGAUUACACUGCUAAACUAUCAGACCUUGGACUAGCUAAAGAUGGUCCUGAAGGGGAAGAAACACAUGUGACAACAACAUGUAUAAUGGGAACUAAAGGUUAUGCUGCUCCUGAGUAUAUCAUGUCAGGUCACCUUUCUACAAAGAGUGAUGUGUAUAGCUAUGGAGUAGUGUUAUUGGAAUUGCUUACAGGAAAGAGAGUAGUGGACAAGAGCAGAACAAACAGAGAGAGACACCUUGUGGAAUGGGCAAGACCUAUUUUGAGAGAUCAAAGAAAGCUUCCUCAUAUAAUAGACUCAAGAUUAGAGGGACAGUUUCCUAUUAAAGGAGCUUGGAAGGUUGCAGCAUUGACUUAUAAAUGCUUGAGCCAUCACCCUACUCCAAGGCCUAAUAUGAGUGAUGUGGUAAAGACAUUGGAAUCACUUCAGGAUUUUGAUGAUGUGUUCAUAGGACCAUUUGUGUAUGUGGCUGUUAGUGAAAGUAGCCAAUGAGAUGAUGACAAGUGGCAUGAAGGGAUCCUGCAGGAUGCUUAUUGAAGAAAAGAAUUGUCAAUUUGCCAUCCAGCCUUGGUCUCAAGUCCUAGCUAGGCACAUAAAAAUUAGCUUAUGCAUAUGGUAAUAUCCAUUCAUCAGCAAAAGUAGAUAAGAUAUUUUUGUCAUUUUAGUUUAAGGGUGGCUUUUUUUAAUCAUGAAGCUGAAUGUAAGUAAUAGAGUUUGAUUAAUCAUUUUACUAGGUACAUGUAAUUUGAGGUCAUAAAUAGAGUUUGUAACACUUACAAGAUGGAUGAUAUUCUAUAUACUUCAUAUAUAAUUGAAGGUUCACAUAAUUUUAUCCCUGUAUAAAAAAUGUUCAUUUUG